AUGCCAUACCCCUUCACAUUACCGACGACAUCGUCAACACCACUAGACGCCUUCAUCAGCAGCCCAAGCCAUCCUUCUCUGCCACUUACGGCCACGACGCAACGAUCAAUCCUCCGAGAUGCUCUGAAAAAGCACAAAAGAUUACCCACCACACAACAAGCAGCUCACUUGGGCGUAGUCCAGGACGCGAUCAAUGGCUAUCUUCCCUACACUUUGGGCAUCGCGGCGGCCAUAUCUUCAGGCAGGAUAGGAGAGGAGCCUGUGUCGGUCACGAAUACAAAACAGCUACAGACGGAAUGGCGUCUCACUCUUUCGGCAACAUUACCAGGCCGUGAACCGCCCCGGUCGCCAUUGGCAGGCAUAUACAACGAUGUCACAUUCGUCUUGCAGACUCUGGCAUACAUUCAAGUUCAACAAGCGCGUGCGCAACUUCAAAUCCUCUACUCAUCCAACAUACCCUCGCCGGACCGUCGGACUGCAGCAAUCGGCUCAGCCAUGAAAUAUCUCCUCGAAGCAAACUCAAUUCACAACUAUGUCCUGAACCUACAUACCCAAGACCCGGCUUCUGCGCCUCUAGACACGGUCAACUCGACACAAGUUGCUCUCGCAGCUUUGGCUCUUGCAGAAGCUACUCUUAUCACUGUCUUGAAAGAUGAUCCAUACACCACUGCUGUUAUCCAAGCAAGGAACAAGGACGACAAGGAAUGGAUGAUAUCCGCCCCUAGCAUCCCCAAAGUCCGCGCUCAUCUAUUUGCUCGACUCUGUCUCUGUGCCUCUGAUCACGCUCAACGAGCAGCUGCCUCUUUGGCUCCUGGAAUCGGCGCUUUGGACUCUUCUCUACUGAACUACGUCGAUGAUCUCCGUCGCACUGCUCGUGCAAAAGCUGCUAGGUUUUUGGCUUGCGAUGCCGAAGCGACAGGCAAAACUGGAGAAGCAAUCGCAUAUCUACGAGGUGCAAGACGAGAAUUGGGCCUAGCACCCCUAGAACAGGAUGCCAGCAAACGCAAAGGCUGGCAAGGAAUAAAACAGACGUUUGCCGAGAAACGGGAAGACCGCAAGGUCGAAAAAGGUUCCGACGAUUGGGGUCUCGAUGCAGGAAAGCUUGAAGAGGCGAGAGUGUUGGAGUGGUUGGAGGUGAAAUGGGUAAAAUUGAACGAUACUAUCAACAGUCAGCUCAUUCCUUCGAGCGAACCACUCAUGGCGACCAUGCCUUCAGGGCGUGAGUACCAUACUCCCAAGCCCUUCAUCCCGCCAACGCUCGACGCAUCUCUGCUGGCUCGUCUCCGAGCUCCUGUUGACCCUCAUCAGAAUGCUUUCAGGGGCAACGAAGCAGACAGUGGUGACGAAAGCAUGGCUCGAGAACCGGCAGUCGUACCUGGCGCUUUUCCUGGUGCUGCUACAGGCGGGAACAGUGGGAAUGCCUACUACUAG